UCGUGGGAAUGCAGUCUGAGGGGGUCGAGGUGAGAGGGAGACAUGCAACGCAAUACUCCUAUAUUUAUGCGUAGUGACUGCUUACUAGACCUCUGUGCCCAACGAGUCACCUAGCACGUGAUAGCCCACAGUACAGGGGCGGCCAGGAUGUGAAGGUUGAGUAGAAAAAGGGGAGCUGCGGACGCUGAAAAGGUUUGAAAUAGAGUGGUUCGAGGUGACAAGAUUGUUGGCGGGAUCAGCUGAUGGGAACGUGAGCGUGAUACAGGCUGUGUCCUGACGAAUGAUAGGUGGAUAUUACUCCCUUCUGGGUUACUGUGACGCAGCAUCAUGCCCCAAAACUUCCAAACCACUUACCAGCCCUUCACGGGUGGGCUGGAGGAAGGAGGAGGAGGCGGAGGAGGAAGCAGCAGCAGCGGGGGAGGAGGCGCCUUUAUGGAAGAAAGGGAUGAGGAUCUUUCCCCUGACACGCACACCAGUAUGGUCUUUCACGUCGUGCCCAAGUCUAGCAAGUCGAGAUGGAACCACAUUGAGGACCUGGAUUCGUUCUUCAGCCGCGUGUACCAGUACCACCAGAACCAUGGGCUGCUGUGCAUGAUGCUGCAACAAGUCUUCGAAUUAGCACAGUUCAUCUUUAUUAUCGUCUUCACUGUAUUCCUGUUCUCCUGUGUGGACUAUGACAUCCUCUUCAGAAACAAGUAUCCUCCAGAUUUUAGAUAUAAUGAGACAGACAAGAUCACCCUUCCUGACGCCCUGCGCACCCAUGCCCAGUGUAGGGAGCAUUUCUCAUGGCAGUUGGUGAUGGCUAUCCUGGCGGCCUCACUCUUCUGGCUGAUGCGUUUUGGCCAUGCCUGCUACACCUUCUUCCAGUUUUGGGAGAUCAAGCAGUUCUUCAACAAUGCACUGGGCAUUCAAGACCAAGACCUGGGGAACAUCACCUGGGAGGAGGUGGAGCAGCGCGUCAUGGAGGUGCAGGUUGAAGAACGCAUGUGCAUCCACAAGGAAGUGCUGACUGAGUUGGACAUCUACCAUCGCAUUCUGCGCUUCACCAACUACUUCAUUGCCAUGGUGAACAAGAACAUCAUCCCUUUGAAGCUGGAUGUGCCCUUUGUUGGGGAAGUUGUGUUCCUCACCAAGGGGCUGCGCAUGAACAUCGAAAUGUUACUCUUUUGGGGACCCUGGGCACCUUUCAGGAACAUCUGGCAUCUACAUGAUGAAUACAAGCGGCCAGAGAAGCGACAUGAGCUGGCUGAGCGGCUCAACCAGCAGUUCCUGUACUUUGGCAUUGCUAAUCUAGUACUGUUUCCACUUGUGCUGCUCUUCCAGAUAAUGUAUUCUUUCUUCUACUAUGCUGAAAUGAUAAAGCGUGAGCCUGGCAGCUUGGGAAGCCGCCGCUGGUCGCACUAUGGAGAGGUUUACUUGCGUCACUUUAAUGAGUUGGACCAUGAGAUGAGUGCACGUCUUAAUCGUGGCUACAAGGCUGCCUCACAGUAUAUGAACAUCUUUUCCUCUCCGUUGAUGGCAGUGGUAGCGCGGCAUGUAGCCUUUGUGUGCGGUGCUGUGUUGGCUGUGUUGGCUGCCCUCAGUGUGUAUGAUGAGGAUGUGCUGCAGGUGGAACAUGUGCUCACGUUCAUGACAAUUCUUGGAGCUUUGCUCGCUGGCUGCAGGGUCUUUAUUCCUGAUGAGAACUUGGUCUUCUGCCCAGAGAUGUUGAUGCGGCGGGUGCUGGCUGAGGUGCACUAUCUCCCUGACCACUGGAGGGAGAAGGCACACACCUCACGUGUCCGUCGGGAGUUUUCCCAGCUGUUCCAGUACCGAGUUGUACACAUGCUGGAGGAACUUGUGUCCCCAGUUGUCACUCCACUUAUUUUAAUAUUCCGCCUCCGCUUCAAGGCUCUUGACAUUGUAGACUUCUAUCGGAACUUCACAGUGGAGGUGGUAGGGGUGGGGGAUGUAUGCUCCUUUGCCCAGAUGGACAUCCGGAGGCAUGGCAGCCCCACCUGGCAGCCUGAUCUCCUCUUGGAUGACAUUGUUAGUCAACCAGGAGGAUCACAAAAACCAGAAAUGGCAACAGAUGGAGGCAAGACAGAGUUAUCCCUCCUGCACUUCACCAUGACCAACCCCAAGUGGAAGCCUCCACAGGAGUCCACAGCCUUCAUCAAUGCCCUCCGCACACAGGCCCAACGAGACAUGAAUGCCUUGCCAACACUUCAGGAGGAAAAUGCUCUCUUCUCUUCUCUGAACUCGCUGUCUUGUGGUGGUGGUUUGGGUCUGGGUCUGGGUGCCACAAGCAUGCUACAGCAACCUCCAUGGAUGGGAGGACAGCACCAGUCUUUCUGGUCACCCCGGGGACUCCGAGGUAGAUUAUCUCAGGUGGAAGGUUCUCGUCAUGGCCCCACUACUGGGGGAAUCCUAUCCUCUAUCCAGCAGUCCAACAUAGAGAGUAGCAUGACAUCUGGCCCAGCGGGAGAUCCAGUCAUGGCCCCCAGUACUCUCAGCCCCUCCUGCAUCAUGGGCCCCAGCUUAGCACCCCCAUCUGUUCUGCCUCAGGACCUCACUGCUGUGGACAUGAGUCUCAGCACCCUGUACUUGCAUGAGCUGCACCAGCGCCACCGCCACCGAGCCAGUUACUCAGAUGUCCCGCCCCAGCCCAGCUCAGGUCCCCAGGGGCCACCAGGUGGAGCAUUUCUUUCUCCUCCCCCUCAUCCUCAGGAGCCGCCUGUGGUGUCUUUUCAGCGGGCACAAGAAAAGACUCCCCUGCUUGGUGAGCCAUGAGGAAGUGGGACUGGAUGACUAAGUGUUGCCUCUUUAUACUUAAUAAUGGACAAGGUGGUUAGGCCGGCCGCUGGUGGGCGCGGCGGUGUGCUGCCCAAAGUGUCUUUGCUAGACCCGCUCAUUUAGCCCCGCGCAACAAUAUGUGCUAGUCCACCACUUUGAUUUCUUACAACUUCUGUUUGUAGGUGUAGUUUGAACCUUUUACUGUGACAGCUCGUUGUAACUGACUGGAUGGUGUGAGCUAGAAAAUUUAUUGUGUAUAAAGUGUAUCAUAAUUAAGAAUUUUGUAUUUUCUUAAAAAUUUUAUCAGACUGAAUUUUGUGCAUGGAUGAGUGAAUGAAAUGUGCAUGCAUUGUGUUUUCCAUGCAAGCUUUGUGCAAAUGCUGUUUUCUUUGUAAAUAGUUUGAUUAAAUGAAUUGUACUACCUA